AUGCGGAGUCUCGCGGUGUCUCUGGCGGCCUCGCUGCUCGCCAAUGUCGCCAAUGCCUCGCCCACCAAGAAGGCAACGGCACCGUUCUUGACCUCGAUUGGCAACCAGACGUGGGUUAUUGGCAACGAUGUGUGGAACAUGACACAGGGCCCGCAGUUUGGCGUCAAGCUUUAUUACAAGGACCACGACUGCGUCGGCGAUGCUUGGGGCCACUACGUGAGCUACAAUGGCGCGGCCGACAAUCUCGUCUGGACCUCGGCAAGCAUCGUCAAGAACGGGAAGUACAAGGGCGUCCCUUUCAUCGACAUCCAGUUCACGUCCGACGUGGGCGACAUGCACUGGGUCAUCUUCGAGGGCCAGCACGGCGCGUACCAGUACUUUGUCAACCACAAUCUGCCGACCCUCGGGGAGUUCAGGACGCUGUGGCGCCUGGACAACACGACCUUCCCCAAGGGCAGGACCGUCGACAAGGACGGCACCCUGCCGCCCCUGAGCGACUACAUCGCGGCCAACAAGGUGCAGGACGAGACGUGGCUCGCCCCGGACGGGAAGGGCUACAUCACCAAGUACGACUGGGCGAGCUGGGUCCGGGAGCAGGAUUACUACGGCGUGUACGGCGAUGAAUUCGGCAGCUGGUACAUCAAUCCUGGGAAGGACUACUACAAUGGCAACCAACUCAAGCAGGAGUUGAUGGUCCAUCGCGAAUCCUCCACUGGCGACGCUGUCCAGCUGAACAUGGUUCACGGAACGCACUUCAUGGUUUCCUCGGCGGACGUCUUCCCAGACGGCAAGAUGUGGGGGCCAUGGCUGUGGUACCUGAACGACGGCUCCAAGCCCGACGCCGCCGCUCGCGCAAAGGAAGAGUUCGCCGCGUGGCCGUACGCCUGGCUGGACGACGAAGCCUACCACGCGCGCGGCAAAGUCUCCGGGCGGCUGGUGCUGUCGGACGGCCGGCCCGCGGCGGGGGCAGCCGUGUUCCUGGGCGACGACGAGCCGACCAAGACGGCGCUGGACAUGGGCUCGACGUACUACUACACGACGUACGCGGACGAGCGGGGCAACUUCGAGUUUGCGGACGUGCGCGCGGCAACCUACGGGCUGCAGGCGUGGUCGCACGGCGGGGAGAUCGCCGACGUCAGCACCAGCCUGCUUCACAACGGCGUCGCGGUGGCCACGGGCAAGACGACGCGGCUCGGCACGCUCGCGUGGGCCGUGUCCAACCGCACGCGCCUCUUCCAGGUCGGCGACUUCGACCGCUACAGCUACGGCUUCCUGUACGGCGGCGCGCCGCGCCAGCACGCGCUGGUCGCCUCGUGCCCGGCCGACCUGGUCUACCGCGUCGGGACGUCCAAGACGGCGGACUGGUGCUUCGGCCAGACGUACCAGGGCAACUGGACGAUCGAGUUCGAGGUCGCCGAGGACCCGGCCGCGGCACCGGCGCGGCAGCCGAACCUGAUCGUGUCGCUGGCGGGCUACUCGAGCGGCGCGAGCUCGACCGUCUGGGCGAACGGGCACGUCAUCGGGAACAUGACGAGCGGCAGUCCGGAGCUGCAGAACGAUCCGUGUCUCUACCGCAGCGCCACCGCAGCGGGCGAGUGGCGGCUGCUGGAGUUCCAGUUCGAUCAGAGCGUGCUGCAGAAGGGGCUGAACACGGUUACGUUCCAGAUGACGAGGAACACCACCUGGCAUGGGUUCAUGUGGGACAGCAUCAUUCUGGAAUGGUGA